AUGGACAUGUCGUCUCUCACACGGGCGCACGACCAUGCUCGUGCUGCCGCUGUGGCUACGCGCUCCAACUCCGCGGACACAACAGUUGCAAUCAACGAACAUACUCAGGCUGCUGGCGAAUUCGCAACCACAGCCACCUCAACCUCCAGCGUCGAGGCGCUGCGCAUGUUGAAGCUUCUAGAAGACCACCAUCGGAAACUGGCGACCCUCCUCGAUCUGCCGGCCCAACAGCCUGCGCAGCCAGCACACGACGCGGAUGAUAUUUGCGAAAAGGGCCACGACAGGCGAGCCAAAAGCAACAGCGGGACCGUGACCGUGACCGAGGCCAGGACGGUCACGUCUACGCAGAAGCCAAGUGCGCCACAGGAUAGAAAGAAACCACCCCGCGAAAUGUCGUCUUCCAUCGCCAGCAACCUUGCUUCGGCACGAGGAAUCCGCUCCAAGCAUCAAGGGCAGCCUUUGUCACCUAGCAUAUCAAAGGAUCAGGCACCCGGCAACGUCGACGCCCACCCGCGGCGAGAUGGCUCCCAGACAAAGAUGCAAAACAUAAUCGAGAGCAAGCCCGGCAAGCCAACCUGGGUACCGCCUCACCCAUCGACUGAUUCGAUGGCCAAGCAAAAAAUGCAUGCAACUCCACCCAGUCCGAGCGAUAACAUGGACGACGGUGGGUAUGGCCGAUUUUACAAUGCUUUUGGAGGCCUUCUCAGCAGAAUAUCAGCGCCUCUGGCCUUUGCUGGUUUGCCGCUUGUCCAAGAGGAGCCCGACGAGCCAGAGUCUGCAGCGCCUGAGGUGACCGUCAACAAGCGACGAACGGUCAAGUCCGCGCGUGCGAACGAGGAUCCUGAUCUUUCCAAAAUCUACUCCCAAGCGACAAUGCACACUAUCAAGAACGCAGGGCAUGGCCCAACAGAAUCAUUCUACGUUGUCCCUAUGAGUGGGGGGACAAUGUCCUAUGCAAAUAUCGUCCGACAUGAGCAGCGAGAGAAGCGUCGCAAUGAUGCUUCCCAGCACAGCUUCUCCCGGGAAGACGAGGACGACGAUUUUGUAGAUGCAAGUGAGACUCCCGUGCCACGUUCUCCUGAUGCGCAACGCAACAUCAGUCGCAAUCAGGCAGACAAACAGUAUUUGAAUACAAUCGAGGAGCUCUCCACGCAGAAUAAGUCAUUGAAGGACAUGCUCGACAAGCUCACCAAGCGUCUCCACGCCUUCGAAGCCAGCGCCCAGAAUAUGGCGAUGAGCUAUCGACCAAUGCGUCCCGGUUCGCCCCUCUCCACCACGAGCAAGGCUCCAGUUGAAGCUAUUGGCAAGAAGCAGGUGGAGUUGGAACAGGAGAUGCAUGCAAUGAGACAACAUGCCGAGAAGUUGGAGAAAGACAACAUAAAGAUGCAGAAGACACUGGAGAAGUAUCGACAGAAGUGGGAGACACUCAAAGCAGGCGCUAAGGCGCGGAGGGAGGCUCAAAGUGGUGGUGAUAGUAUCGAAGAUGCAAGGAACAUCUAG